AUGAAGAAGUAUGGUUUUAAGCAAGCUUUGGUAGAUCACACUCUCUUCUAUAAGAGGAAUGGUGAUGAUAUUACUUUGCUUAUCGUUUAUAUGGAUGACAUGAUUGUUAUAGGUAGCAACACCAAUGAGAUAGAGAAGCUUCGGAGCUAUUUGGCCAAGGAAUUUGAAAUGAAGGACUUGGGGGUUCUGAAAUACUUUCUGGGCAUUGAAGUGUCUCGGUUCAAGCAGGAACUUUUUAUCUCUCAACAAAAGUAUACAUUAGAUCUCUUGGCUGAAACUGGUAACUCUGCGUGUGUUCCUAUAGACACUCCUAUUGAAAAUCCGAAUGACCGACAUAUGAAUGCAGUGAAUCAUAUUUUGGCUUAUCUAAAGUCCUCUCUAGGUAAAGGUAUUAUAUUCUCCAGGCAUAGACACCUAGACAUUAUAGGUUAUACAGAUUUUGAUUUUGCGGGUGCCAAGUUGGAUAGGAAGACUACUUCAGGGUAUGUGUCAUUCGUUGGAGGCAAUUUGGUGACUUGGAGGAGUAAGAAACAGAAUGUGGUAUCGUUGUCUAGUGCAGAAGCUGAAUACCGUGCUCUUCAUCAUGCAAUUACGGAGCUUACAUGGUUGAAGAUUCUCUUAAGUGAGCUUGGGUAUGGUUUAAGAAACCUAGAUUGA